GAGAACCAUCGUUGGUCUCGUCACUCCAUAACCUCCUCUCCUAUCCUUCCACUCUCUAUCCUCAAAUCUCUCUCGCUUCUGCAAUUCCAUGGACUUCAAAUUUCAAGCUCUAACCAAAGUAUCAACCACUCCUAUCGCUUCUCUAUCUUCGAUUCGAUCGGUUCGCAGAGAAUUCCUCGGCUACGGUCACAACCUCCGGCCCCCCAGUGCUCUUCGCCUUGGAAGGAAAUGCAGUAAGCUAGGGUUGCGAAAUCGGUCUCGGAGAUUUUACUUAAAGGCCUCACUGGAAUCGGACUCGGUUGUUGUUGUUGUGGCUGUAACUGCCUUCACUGCUUUCUCAAUUGCUUGGUUGAAUCACUAUUUCAAAAUUAGGAACUCUGCAGAGGUGCCAGAUUCCUCAAAACUCGCAUUAUCUCAGCUCGAGAAAGAUACUAUUGACUUCAUUAUUGGGAAUGAAAUUUUGGAUUAUGAGGGUCUCCAUGGAGGGUCCUUGACAAGAGGAAGUGAAAGUUCAGUAGACAAGAUAAGAGACAACAGUCAUGGACAUGAGGAUAAAAAUGCCCGUAUGCAAUUUCACGAAACUCCCUUGAUGCAUGACGGCUGUCUUUUGGUUAAAGUAGCAGAUGUUCCAGGUGCAGAUUUUCUUGCGUCCAGAGCCGGCAAAUAUGCGCUUUUAGAAGAAUCUAAGGCUGCUGAUUUAUCUACUACGCCUCUUCUUAUCCCUGAAUCAGAUGUCUUGCAGCCGCUUCUACAUGCUGCGAGAAUGACGGAAUUGCAGCUUGAAAAUGAUAUGAAGGAAACUGUAUUCGUUUCUGAGGUGGUUCCUCGAGCACCAAUGGAGUUUGAAUCUGUUGGUGCGUUAUCUUCUGCAAAUAAUUCUGUGGCUGUUACUAAUAUAGAUGAAAAAUUGCAUCAUAAACUUGGUGAAGAAGGUGAAAUUAAUGGCUAUCCUAGCAUUUCUAUAGAAUCAGUCAGAGACGAACUUUACACUUUCUAUCGGUCAAAUCAGUCAGCAGAGCAAUCUCGUUCAAUCUUGAAUGGUCUAAAACCUGAAUCUUCUCGUGCCUUCUCACUGAGUCAGAAUCGCUUUUCUUCCCUUGCGAGGGAACUUGCUCUAAAGCAUGAAGAAUUUUCAGCACAGGACUCUCUUCAAGCUGCAGAGCAUUUUGAAGGUAAAAUACCCGUCGCCUGUUAUAGAGGAAGCUCUUCUGGAACAAGUAAAACCUUAGGAAGAGGCACAGGAGUUCCCCGAUACAAUGAAAGAAAACCACCGGCUAAGGACAACCAUACAGUUUUACCCAAGUUUCCCUAUCCAAAUGGGACAGAUGCCCUCGACAAACAUCACUCGGCAGAGCAAUUCAGUGCUUACAGUCGUUUGCUGAGAGAUGGGAGGUUAACCGACUGUAUGGAUUUGCUUGAAGAUAUGGAAAAAAGGGGGUUGUUGGAUACAAACAAGAUUUAUCACGCAAAGUUUUAUAAAAUCUGCAAAAAUCGAAAAGCUGUUAAAGAAGCUUUUCGUUUCACCAAGCUGGUUCCCAACCCAACAUUAAGUACAUUUAAUAUGCUGAUGUCUGUGUGUGCAAGUUCUCGAGAUCCAGAAGGAGCUUUCCAAGUUAUGCAACUUGUCCAAGAGGCUGGCAUGAAAGCUGAUUGCAAACUUUACACAACUUUAAUAUCAACUUGUGCUAAAAGUGGAAAAGUUGAUGCAAUGUUUGAAGUUUUUCACGAGAUGGUAAAUGCUAGAGUGGAACCAAAUGUUCAUACAUAUGGGGCGCUUAUUGAUGGUUGUGCCAAAGCUGGACAAGUGGCCAAGGCAUUCGGUGCUUAUGGGAUAAUGAGGUCCAAGAAUGUUAAACCAGAUCGAGUUGUAUUCAAUGCUCUUAUCACUGCCUGUGGUCAGUCGGGAGCAGUUGAUCGUGCUUUUGAUGUAUUGGCAGAAAUGAGGACUGAAAUACAACCUGUAGAUCCUGACCAUGUCACAAUUGGUGCAUUGAUGAUGGCAUGCGCAAAUGCUGGUCAGGUUGAUCGGGCGCAAGAAGUAUACAAAAUGAUCCAUGAUUAUAACAUCACGGGUACUCCAGAGGUCUAUACAAUUGCUGUUAACUGUUGCAGCCAGACUGGAGAUUGGAAGUUUGCAUGUAAUGUGUAUGGGGAUAUGAAAAACAAAGGCAUAGUCCCUGACGAGAUGUUUCUCAGUGCUUUAAUAGAUGUUGCCGGGCAUGCUGGAAAGUUGGAUGCUGCUUUUGAGAUCCUGCAAGAAGCCAGGAUUCAGGGGAUACGCCUGGGAACUGUAUCAUAUAGUUCCUUGAUGGGCGCCUGUAGCAAUGCUAAAAACUGGCAGAAGGCUCUACAGCUAUUUGAGGAUAUCAAGUCUAUUAAUCUGAACCCAACAGUUUCGACUUUAAAUGCUUUGAUCACUGCCUUGUGUGAUGGUGACCAACUGCCGAAGGCUAUGGAAGUUCUAUCUGAAAUGAAGAGUUUGGGUCCAUGUCCGAACAACAUUACAUAUUCUGUACUCUCAGUGGCAAGCGAAAGAAAGGAUGAUCUAGAAGCAGCCCUCAUGCUCCUUUCUCAAGCCAAAAUGGAUGGGAUUUCCCCUUCUCUCGUUAUUUGUAGAUCCAUAAUUGGCAUGUGCUUGCAAAGAUUUGAGAAGGCCUGUAACCUUGGUGAAACUGUUCUGUCCUUCAAGUCAGGGCAUCCACAUAUCGAAAAUGAAUGGACAUUGCAAGCCUUAAUGGUCUACCGGGACACCAUUGUCGGUGGUGUAGUGCCUAAUAUGGAAAUUGUUUCACAAGCUUUAGGAUGCCUGCAGCUCCCUUUUAAUUCUUCUGUGAAAGAAAGACUUAUUGAGGAUCUGGGAGUCACUGCUGACUCAUCAAGAUAUUCUAACCUUUGUGCACUAAUAGAUGGAUUUGGAGAAUAUGAUCCUCGUGCUUUCUCAUUACUUGAGGAAGCCGCAUCUCUUGGCAUUGUUCCAUUUGUAUCCUUCAAAGAUAGUCCCAUUGUUGUUGAUGCAAGAAAAUUGCAGAUUCAUACUGCUGAGGUGUACUUUUUGACCAUUCUGAAAGGUCUCAAGCAUCGGCUUGCUGCUGGUGCCAAGUUGCCCAAUAUAACCAUUUUACUGCUAGUGGAGAAGGUACAGAUUACUUCUCCUAAAGGGGAGAAAACAAUUAAUCUUGCAGGACGGAUUGGCCAGGCUGUUGCAGCACUAUUGAGAAGGCUACGCCUACCUUACCAAGGAAAUGAAUCAUAUGGUAAAAUCAGAAUAAACGGGCUUGUCUUGAGAAGAUGGUUUCAGCCAAAGCUUGCUUCUCCUUUCCGCAUAAAAAGAGGAGAGUUGAGUUUGUCCCAGUUAGAAUUAGGCAAGGAAAUCAUCCACCAGCAACGCAACAUUCGAACUGGCAAUUUAUCAGCAAUUGAGAGAAUAUGAUUGUUGCCAAUUGGAAAGCAGCUUUGAAGAAUAAGUUGUUCUAUUGAUCGGUUCUAAGUUCUAACAUUUGCUGAUGAUUAUGACAAGCUCAAUGAUGAUGUAGGCGUGUGCAGCAUGGUGAAAGAAGUCGAAAGCUUGUCUCUCUCUCCUUCCAUAGACUCUUUGGAAGAAAUACAAAAUUGGAUGAUACCCUGAUGUGAGCAAGGAGCCUUAAUUUGGUUACGUUUGAUUGGUGUAAAUUACACACAUCAAUCAAAGACAUCACCAGUCUCUAUCAAUGCAAGGUCAGUCUUAGUUCAUAUAUGCAUGCUAAGAAAGUCGCGUGGUUUGGAAAGGGUGAGAUAUGAUUUAUGCUGAAUAAAAUAAUGCAUUUGUAUACACAUCACUUGUAAGAGUGAGAUAUUAUGAGGUACUAGCAUAAAGUAGGAAAGAGGUUGAUUGCUGAAUUA